AUGGCUUUAAAUCCGACGACAAUUCGAGGGCAAGAAUAUUUAUUUCCUUCAAAUAAAGAAUCAGAGUUUAUAUAUUUAAGACGUGAAGAUGUUAAAUUGAAACUAUAUUUGCCCGAUAGAACGAUAAAAGAAGAUGGAACAAUUUUCUUAACAAGUAUACGCUUAGUGUUUAUUAAAAAUGAGAAAAGUAAAACGAAUAUAAAUUUUACUGGAGCCGAUUUUCCAUUAACAUUAAUUGAUAACGUAAAUUUUGAGCAACCGAUAUUUGGGUUAAAUUAUUUGUCAGGCGUUGUAAGACCAUUGGUAGAUCAUCCAAAUAGUUUAUCUAGCCCAUGCAAAUGGAAUAUUAUUUUUUUAAAUGGUCAGUGUAGCAAUUUUUUGAAUUAUUUUUUUAAAGCAUAUGAAGCAGCAAAGAAAAAUAAAACAUUAGGAUCGUUAAGUGAAUUUAAUGACCAUUUUUUUUCAAGUAAUAAUGCAUAUAUUGAUCCUAAUGACCCUACAUUUAUUUAUAUAAACGAACCGAUAUCAGAAAGUAUGAAUAAUUCAUCACAAAAUCAUUAUGUAAAUAAUCAAAAUAAUAAUGAGGAAAUUCCAGUAUAUAAAAUACCAUAUUUACCACAAAAUAAUAAUAUGAUGCCAUAUGGUCAACAAUUUUAUAUGGGCGACCAAUAUUUUAAUAAUAAUUAUCGUAGUAAUAGUGAGCAUCAAUAUGGCAAUUAUAACAUACACACACAAAAUAAUAUGCAAAAUUACAAUACUCAAUCACCAUAUGAAAAUCAAAAUAAUAAUUAUGCAUCUAACUAUAAUCAGCAUGAUAAUAAAACUGUAUAUCCCCCAAAUAUCAAUCAGAACAAUAAUAAUACUAGACAAUCUGUUAUGUCACAUUAUACUCAAUAUAAUAAUGAAACGCUAAGCUAUGAAGAAAGAAUUAAAAGAAAUAUGUAUAGCCAAGAUAUUAACGAGAGUAACAAUAGUAAUAACCCUACUUCGGGUAACCAACAUGAUGAUCAAACUAUAUUCGAUCAAAGAAAUAUUCCUAUGAAUUAUUCACAAAAUAUGCAAUCGGAAAAUAAAAAAAAUAACUAA